AUUCCCGGUGGACACCUCCUCCCCUGCCGUCUGUCUGUGCUGCUCUCCGGGAUGCGCGGGGCUCCGCGGAUGGAGCGCGGGGGAAGCGGCGGGCGGCAGCCGGCGGCCACAGAGUGAUGCGCCACGGCGGCAGCAGCCAUGCUGGGCUUCGGGACGUGCUCCGUGGGGAGGGCGGCUGAGCUGGACGCCGCCUCGUCCCGCUGCAUCCUGGCCCUGCCCGAGGAGGAGACGUGGCGCCAGCACCGCCUGGGCCUCAUGCAGAACACCCACUCCUGCAACCUGCUGGAGCCCCAGAGCCUGGCCCAGGCCCUGGUGUCCCGCGCCGCCUCCUUCGACGCCCUCUACGCCCCGCGGGCGGCGGGCAGCGCGCUGGAGCUGGGGCUGGGCCCGCUGGUGCCCGUGAGCCCCGAGGUGAUGAAGCGCCGGCGCGGAGGCCUCAUCGAGCAGAGGGACAUCAUCAAGGCACACGAGGCACACAAGAUGCAGAGCACGCCCCAGGCGCGGAGGAAGGAGUGGGAGAUGGCUCGCUUUGGGGAGGCAGUGGCCGGCAGACUGGGCUCCGGAGAUGGGGGCUCCGACCAGAACCGGAGCCGGCAAGGAGCUCCUGCCCCUGCGGGAGGGAGCCCGGGAACCUUCAAGCAAACCAAAGCGCAGAGAGCCCGGACUAUGGCUCUGUACAACCCCAUCCCCGUCCGGCAGAACUGCUUCACCGUCAACAGAUCGCUCUUCCUCUUUGGGGAAGAGAACAUAGUCAGGAAAUACGCCAAGAAGCUCAUCGACUGGCCUCCCUUCGAGUACAUGAUCCUGGCGACCAUCAUUGCCAACUGCAUCGUGCUGGCCCUGGAGCAGCACCUCCCUGAGGAUGACAAGACGCCCAUGUCACGGAGAUUAGAGAAGACGGAGCCCUACUUCAUUGGGAUUUUCUGCUUCGAGGCUGGGAUUAAGAUCGUGGCCCUGGGGUUCGUUUUCCACAAGGGCUCGUACCUGCGCAACGGCUGGAACGUCAUGGACUUCAUCGUGGUCCUCAGCGGCAUCCUCGCCACGGCCGGGACACACUUCAACACCCACGUGGACCUGCGGACGCUGCGGGCCGUGCGCGUGCUCAGGCCGCUGAAGCUCGUCUCGGGCAUUCCCAGCUUGCAGAUUGUCCUGAAAUCCAUCAUGAAGGCCAUGGUGCCCCUCCUCCAGAUCGGCCUGCUGCUCUUUUUUGCCAUCCUCAUGUUUGCCAUCAUUGGCCUGGAGUUCUACAGCGGCAAGCUGCACCGAGCCUGCUACACAAACAAUUCAGGUGAGCUGGAGGAGCUGGAUCCCCCCCACCCGUGCGGGGUGCAGGGUUGCCCCCCGGGCUACGAGUGCCGGGAGUGGAUCGGUCCCAACGACGGGAUCACGCAGUUCGACAACAUCCUCUUCGCUGUGCUGACCGUCUUCCAGUGCAUCACCAUGGAAGGGUGGACCACAGUCCUGUACAAUACCAAUGAUGCCUUAGGAGCCACCUGGAACUGGCUGUACUUCAUCCCCCUCAUCAUCAUUGGAUCCUUCUUUGUCCUCAACCUUGUCCUGGGAGUGCUGUCAGGGGAGUUUGCCAAAGAGCGAGAGCGCGUGGAGAACCGCCGAGCCUUCAUGAAGCUGCGGCGCCAGCAGCAGAUCGAGCGGGAGCUCAACGGCUACCGGGCUUGGAUAGACAAAGCGGAGGAAGUCAUGCUGGCUGAAGAGAACAAAAAUUCGGGGACCUCAGCUUUAGAAGUGCUCAGGCGAGCCACCAUUAAGCGGAACCGGACGGAUGCCAUGUCGGGGGACGAGCACUGUGUCGACAUCUCCUCCGUGGGCGAGCGGAGGCUGGCGCAGAGGAGACCUCUCCAACCAACCUUCGGAAACCCCUCGGGUCACUCUGGCCUCAAAGGCGCCAGGCUGGACGGUGCCUCCUACCUGAGGCACAAGGAGCGGCUCCUGCGCAUCUCCGUUCGCCACAUGGUGAAAUCCCAGGUCUUCUACUGGAUCGUGCUGAGCCUGGUGGCUCUCAACACUGCCUGCGUGGCCAUCGUCCAUCACAACCAGCCAGCCUGGCUCACCCACUUCCUCUACUAUGCAGAGUUCCUGUUUCUUGGGCUCUUCCUUCUGGAGAUGUCCUUAAAGAUGUACGGGAUGGGGCCACGCCUUUACUUCCAUUCUUCCUUCAACUGCUUCGACUGUGGGGUCACAGUGGGAAGCAUCUUUGAAGUGGUUUGGGCUAUAUUCAGACCAGGAACCUCUUUUGGGAUCAGUGUCCUACGGGCUCUUCGUCUCCUGCGGAUAUUUAAAAUAACCAAGUACUGGGCAUCCCUGAGGAAUUUGGUGGUGUCGCUGAUGAGCUCCAUGAAAUCUAUUAUCAGUCUGCUCUUCCUCCUCUUCCUCUUCAUUGUAGUCUUUGCCCUGCUGGGAAUGCAGCUGUUUGGAGGCAGGUUUAACUUCAUGGAUGGGACUCCAUCGGCCAACUUUGACACCUUCCCUGCAGCCAUCAUGACCGUGUUUCAGAUCCUGACAGGCGAGGACUGGAACGAGGUGAUGUACAACGGCAUCCGCUCGCAGGGAGGCGUGCGCUCGGGGAUGUGGUCCUCCAUCUACUUCAUCGUCCUCACCUUGUUUGGGAACUAUACUCUGCUGAACGUCUUCUUGGCCAUCGCCGUGGACAACCUGGCCAACGCUCAGGAGCUCACCAAGGAUGAGCAGGAGGAAGAGGAGGCCUUUAACCAGAAGCACGCCCUUCAGAAAGCCAAAGAAGUCAGCCCCAUGUCUGCCCCAAACAUGCCUGCUAUCGAAAGAGACAGGCGGAGGAGACACCACAUGUCGAUGUGGGAGCCACGCAGCAGCCACCUGCGGGAGCGUCGCCGGCGGCACCACAUGUCGGUGUGGGAGCAGCGCACCAGCCAGCUGCGCCGGCACAUGCAGAUGUCCAGCCAGGAGGGCAUCAACAAGGAUGAGCCGCCCCUCAUCAACCCCCACGCCAGCAUCUUCCGCAGGAGGAGACCCGGGGAGGGCGUCACCCUGGAGAAAUGCGCUGAGGAGCAGGGCAAGGGCGAGCGGCCCGAGGGGCCCGAGCAGCCGCUCCCAGGGGCCAACCCCGGCGGCGGCGAGGACAGGACAUCCCCCCGGGCCAAGCGGGACAAGGACGCGUGGCAGCAGAAAUCCUGCCAUGGGAACUGUGAGCCAGGAGAACAAGACGGGGCAGGAGGCAGCGUGGAGGACAGGGCCAGGAUGAGGCAGAGCCAGCGGCGCAGCCGGCACCGCAGGGCCCGCAUGGAGGGGAAGGACACGGCUGGCAUCCUGGGCAGCCGCUCGGCCAGCCAGGAGAUGGGGCUGGAGGAGGCCAGCGCCGCCGAGGGGGCACAGGACGGGGACCGGCGCGGGGACAUGGCUGCAGCAGAGGCGCUCAUUCCUCCGGGGGAGCCGGACGCCAGCGGGGACUCCAUCAGGACAAACGGGGUCCCUGCAGGUGACGCCGAUCUGAUGGGGAGCGGCAGGAAGGGCAGCCCGGCCCGCGGCGCUCCCGAGCUGUCCCAGGGGAAGACGGGCAACCUGACGGAGCCGGACUGCAGCAGCCCGGACACGAGCGAGCAGGCGCUGCUGGAGCCCAGCCGCACCGUGAGCCGCAGCGAGCCCGACCUCUCCUCCCUCACCCCCAACACCGAGAAGGCCACCGAGAGCACGGCCAUCAUGAUCGAUGUCCACGACUCCGCUGUGGUACAGAUUAGCAACAAGACAGACGGUGAAGCCAGCCCCUUAAAGGAGGCCGAGACCAAAGAGGAUGAGGAAGAAAUGGAGAAGAAGAAGAGGAAGAAGGAAAAGAGCGAGACGGGCAAAGCUAUGGUGCCGCACAGCUCCAUGUUCAUCUUCAGCACCACCAACCCGGUGAGGAGGGCCUGCCACUACAUCGUGAACCUGCGCUACUUCGAGAUGUGCAUCCUCCUGGUGAUCGCCGCCAGCAGCAUCGCCCUCGCCGCCGAGGACCCCGUCCUCACCAACUCCGACCGCAACAAAGUGCUGAGGUAUUUCGACUACGUCUUCACUGGUGUCUUCACCUUCGAGAUGGUGAUCAAGAUGAUUGAUCAGGGCUUGAUCCUGCAGGAUGGCUCCUACUUCCGAGACCUCUGGAACAUCCUGGAUUUCAUCGUGGUGGUGGGAGCGCUGGUGGCCUUUGCCUUGGCGACCAACAAGGGCCGGGAUAUCAAGACCAUCAAGUCUCUGCGUGUGCUGCGGGUCUUGAGGCCGCUGAAAACCAUCAAGAGACUGCCCAAGCUGAAGGCCGUUUUUGACUGCGUCGUGACAUCUCUGAAGAACGUCUUCAACAUCCUCAUUGUCUACAAGCUCUUCAUGUUCAUCUUCGCUGUCAUCGCCGUGCAGCUCUUCAAGGGGAAGUUCUUCUACUGCACUGACAGCUCAAAGGACACGCAGAAGGACUGCAUAGGGAACUACGUGGACCACGAGAAGAACAAGAUGGAGGUGAAGUGCCGGGAGUGGAAGCGGCACGAGUUUCACUAUGACAAUAUCAUCUGGGCUCUGCUCACCCUGUUCACCGUGUCCACCGGCGAGGGGUGGCCUCAGGUGCUGCAGCACUCGGUGGAUGUGACGGAGGAGGACCGCGGGCCCAGCCGCAGCAACCGCAUGGAGAUGUCCAUUUUUUAUGUCGUCUACUUUGUGGUCUUCCCUUUCUUCUUCGUCAACAUCUUUGUGGCUCUCAUCAUCAUCACAUUCCAAGAGCAAGGGGACAAAAUGAUGGAGGAGUGCAGCCUGGAGAAGAACGAGAGGGCCUGCAUUGACUUUGCCAUCAGCGCCAAGCCCCUGACGCGGUACAUGCCCCAGAACAGGCACACCUUCCAGUACCGCGUGUGGCACUUUGUGGUGUCGCCGUCCUUCGAGUACACCAUCAUGGCCAUGAUAGCGCUCAACACCGUGGUGCUCAUGAUGAAGUACUAUUCUGCUCCAUACACCUACGAGCUGGCCCUGAAGUACCUGAACAUCGCCUUCACCAUGGUGUUCUCCUUGGAGUGUGUGCUCAAGAUCAUCGCUUUUGGCUUCCUGAAUUAUUUCCGGGACACCUGGAACAUCUUUGACUUCAUCACGGUCAUCGGCAGCAUCACGGAGAUCAUCCUGACGGACACCAAGCUGGUGAACACCAGCAGCUUCAACAUGAGCUUCCUGAAGCUUUUCCGGGCUGCUCGGCUCAUCAAGCUGCUCCGCCAGGGUUACACCAUCCGCAUCCUGCUCUGGACAUUCGUGCAGUCCUUCAAGGCACUCCCCUACGUCUGCCUCCUGAUUGCCAUGCUCUUCUUCAUCUACGCCAUCAUUGGGAUGCAGGUUUUUGGCAAUAUCAAACUAGAUGAGGAAAGCCACAUUAACCGGCACAACAACUUCCGCAGCUUCCUGGGCUCCCUCAUGCUCCUCUUCAGGAGUGCCACUGGAGAGGCAUGGCAGGAGAUCAUGCUGUCCUGCCUGGAGGGCAAAGGCUGCGAGCCCGACACAACGGCCACGUCCGGGCAGAACGAGAACGAGCGCUGCGGCACCGACCUGGCCUACGUUUACUUUGUGUCCUUCAUCUUCUUCUGCUCCUUCCUGAUGCUGAACCUGUUUGUGGCAGUCAUCAUGGACAACUUUGAAUACCUGACACGGGAUUCCUCCAUCCUGGGCCCUCACCAUCUGGAUGAGUUUGUCCGGAUCUGGGCAGAGUAUGACCGAGCAGCGUGUGGCCGAAUCCAUUACACUGAGAUGUAUGAAAUGCUGACUCUAAUGUCACCACCGCUAGGCCUCGGCAAGAGAUGUCCCUCCAAAGUGGCCUAUAAGAGACUGGUGCUGAUGAACAUGCCCGUGGCCGAGGACAUGACGGUCCACUUCACCUCCACCCUCAUGGCGCUCAUCCGCACGGCCUUGGACAUCAAAAUUGCCAAAGGUGGUGCAGAUUGGCAACAGUUGGACUCUGAGCUUCAAAAGGAGAUCCUGACCAUUUGGCCUCACCUGUCCCAGAAGAUGCUUGACCUGUUGGUACCCAUGCCAAAAACCUCUGACCUGACUGUUGGGAAAAUAUAUGCAGCCAUGAUGAUCAUGGAUUACUACAAGCAGAGCAAGGCGAAGAAGCAGCGGCAGCAGCUGGAGGAGCAGAAAAAUGCCCCCAUGUUCCAGCGCAUGGAGCCGUCCUCCCUGCCACAGGAAAUCAUCUCCAACGCCAAGGCUCUGCCGUACCUCCAGCAGGACACCCUCUCAGGCCUGAGCAGCCGAGGCGGGUUCCCCUCGCUGAGCCCGCUCUCGCCGCAGGAGAUCUUCCAGCUGGCGUGCAUGGAUCCGGCCCAGGAGCAGUUCCAGGAGCACCAGUCUCUGGAGCCAGAGGUUAGGGAGUUUCAAAGAGUGCAGCCCUCUAACCGUGGCAGCUACCUUCCCGUGGACACUCAGGACCACGCUGUCUCUGGGAGGGCCUCCUCCAUGCCUCGUCUCACUGUGGAUCCCCAGGUGGUGACAGACACCAGCUCCAUGCGGAGAUCCUUCUCCACCAUCCGGGACAAGCGGCCCAACAGCUCCUGGCUGGACGAGUUCUCCAUGGAGCGCAGCAGCGACAACACCUACAAGUCCCGCCGGCGCAGCUACCAUUCCUCGCUCCAGCUCUCCGCCCGGCGCCUCAACGCUGACUCGGGCCACCGGUCCGAGGGGCACCGCUCGGGCAGGGAGCGGGGCCGAUCCAAAGAGCGCAAGCACCUGCUGUCCCCCGACAUCUCCCGCUGCAACUCCGAGGAGAGGAGCCCCCAGGCGCAGGAGGAGUCUCCGGAGCGGCGGCGCGAGUCCCGGUCACCCAGCGAGGGCAGGUCACAGACACCCAGCAGGCAGGGCAUGGGCUCCCUGAGCGAAAGCUCCAUCCCCUCCAUCUCGGACACCAGCACGCCCCGGCGGGGCCGCCGCCAGCUGCCGCCGGUGCCCCCCAAGCCGCGUCCCCUCCUGUCCUACGCCUCCAUGCUGCGGCACGCCGGGGACGCGUCCCCUCCCGCCGACGAGAGCGAGGGCGGCUCGCCGCUGCUCUCCUCCGCCCUGGAUCCCAGCGCGGCCGGCCCGGCCGAGUCUUCCAGCUCCCCGGCGGGCAAGCAGAGCCGGCAGUCCACGCCGCAGCGCUACAUCUCGGAGCCCUACCUGGCGCUGCACGACGACUCGCACGCCUCAGACUGCGGUGAGGAGGAGACGCUCACCUUCGAGGCGGCCGUGGCCACCAGCCUGGGCCGCUCCAACACCAUCGGCUCGGCGCCGCCGCUGCGGCACGGCUGGCAGAUGCCCAACGGGCACUACCGGCGGCGGCGGCGGGGCGCGGCGCAGGGCGUCAUGUGCGGGGCCAGCAUCGACGUGCUCAGCGACACCGAGGAAGACGACAAGUGCUAGAAGCCCCGCGCCCGCCACCCGACCCCACCUCGGCUGCCCGUCCCGCCUCUCCCCCCUCCCCGCCCCGUCCUGACCUUCUCCAAAUGCAUGCAUCUUCGCCACGCCUGGGAAUGAAACUAAAAACCGCAGGGGGAGAAAGAGGGAAAAAAACCCAACGAAGCAAACCAACAAACAAACAAACCCCAGACCGACCGGAACGGAGGGGGAAGGAAAAGGAAAAAAGGAAAAAAAGAGAAAAACACAACAAAACCCAAGAAAAAAGAAAAGAAACGGGGGAAAAAAAAGUCUUUGUGCAAAAAAAAAAAAUUAAAAUCUGUCGACUUUCAUUUA